ACAGACCAGUGUGAAUUCUCUGAAAAAUGAGGACACAGCCAGUAAUGUUUUUCAUAGCAAAGGAGGCCGGAUUUUAUGUGGUUCUGCAGAAUAUAUGAAGGAUCUGUCUAAGGAAAACGCAUGGAUAUGAAUGAUCCUAACAGUUUAUUAGAUGAGUUGGGUCCACGGUUCAAGGAUUGGUCAGGCUGUGAGCCAGUUUCAGUUGAUGCUGACUUGCUCCCUUCAGAGGUUCCUGGAUAUAAACCUCCAGUUAAGCUUCUUCCUUAUGGGGUUAGACAUUGUCUGAGAAACAAAGAGAUGACCAGGUUUCGUAGACUUGCAAGAACAAUGCCUUCACAUUUUGCCCUGGGAAGAAACAGAAAGCUGCAAGGUCUUGCUGAGGCCAUGGUAAAGUUGUGGGAGAGCAGUGCUAUUGCAAAAAUAGCAAUUAAACGCGGCGUGCUAAAUACUUGCAAUGAUAGAAUGGCUGAGGAACUGAAGAAUUUAACUGGGGGAACACUACUUUCUAGGAACAAAGAUUAUAUUGUGUUUUACAGGGGCAAUGACUUCUUGCCUCCUGUGGUGGUAGAAGCAUUGAAAGAGAGAGAACUAACAGAUAUGCAGGCAAAUGAGGAAGAUCAAGCACGUCAGAGGGCCUCAGCUGCAAUUGAAUCAAAAUUAAAAGCUUCUAAAAGCCCACUUGUUGCUGGCACUCUUACUGAAACUCUGGCUGCCACCUCUCGGUGGGGAAUGAUAAGUAGCAAAGAUGUUGAGCAUAUGCGUAGAGAUGAAUCACUCAAUAAGCACGCUGCACUCUUGAAAUAUCUUGAGAAGAAACUUGCUCUUGCUAAAGGGAAGGUCAAAAGGGCUGAGAAAGCUCUAGCAAAAGUGCAGGAGAAUCUUAGACCAGCAGACCUUCCAGUUGAUCUGGAAACCAUAAGUGAUGAGGAGAGAUCUUUACUACGUAAGAUUGGUCUGAGUAUGAAGCCCUUCCUGCUUAUCAGAAGGCGUGGCAUUUUUUAUGGUACCGUAGAGAACAUGCACUUGCAUUGGAAGUAUCGCGAGUUGGUGAAACUAAUAGUGAGGGGAAAAAGUUUUGCACAAGUGAAGCAUCUUGUAGUUUCUUUAGAGGCUGAAAGUGGUGGAGUGCUGGUAUCCUUAGAUAAGACUAUGAAAAGCUAUGCUAUCAUCGUUUAUCGUGGGAAGAAUUAUCAAAGGCCUCAUGCAGUGAGACCCAGAAAUUUGCUGACUAGAAGGCAGGCAUUGGCUCGCUCUAUUGAACUUCAGAGACGUGAGGCACUUAAGCAUCAUAUUUCAGACUUGAAGGAGCGGAUUGAGCUACUAAAUUACGAACUUGAAGAUAUGAGAGUAAACAACCAAAUUGAUGAAGAAAAACUUUCUAGAUCAUUUAAUGCUGGAGCGACAAUAGAUGACACAUCUGAGGAUGAAGGAGAGGAGGCAUAUCUUAAAGUUUAUGACAGUGGUGUGGAGGACACUUGAAGGAAUUAAGAAGCUUGUUCCAAAAAAAUUGAUUGUCCAGGCACCCCUGCUUGUGGUCGGAAGCAGAUUUCUUGGAUGUUGUGAAACAUUUUUGACCUGAGAGGAGUCUUUCUAAUCACAUGUAAGAAGAAAAUUGAAAUGCAAGGUGGGUGUGUCUUGUAGGGGUGAGACGAGGAUUUCCUUAUUGAUGGUUAAGAUGUGUUGUUCAUUGUUCCUCAUUUCCAGGACCUAGUCCCAUGUGUGUUAAUCUCAUUUGAAGAUGAGCACAUACUUAUGUGGAGAGGA